AUGGAACAGAACGGCCCGUUCACUGAAGCGUCCCCAGCUGGCGAUAGCAAUGGCCAGCUUGACAACUCUGAAGACAAUAGUCCCGCUGCUGGAGAAAAAGCUCUCGAGGAGCCGGCGAACACCGUAGAAUAUCCAAAUGGUCUUCACAUGUUCUUCAUCAUGCUCGCGCUCGUGCUCAGCAUCACCCUUUGUGCUCUGGACCAGACCAUUGUUGCGACCGCUAUUCCAAAGAUUACCGACCGAUUCGACAGGAUGCAAGACAUCUCAUGGUACGGUUCGGCGUACUUCUUGACGCUCGGCGCGUUCCAGUCGCAGUGGGGCAAAGUGUUCAAAUUCUUUAACCUUAAAUACAGCUUCCUGGUGGCGAUCCUCAUAUUCGAAUGUGGCAGUCUGGUCAGCGCUGUUGCCCAAAACUCGACUACAGUUAUUGUCGGCCGUGCCCUUGCUGGUCUCGGUGCCUCGGGAGUAGCGCCUGGAGUAUACACGUUUUCCGCAUUUUCCGCCGAGCCUGGAAAGAGGGCCACUUACACCGGGCUCAUCGGAAUGACAUAUGGCAUCGCCGCUGUCGCUGGACCACUCAUUGGUGGAGGGCUUACCGAUGGAGCAUCUUGGAGAUGGUGCUUCUAUAUCAACCUUCCAGUUGGGGGUCUGGCAGCUUUGGUCAUUUUGAUCACCUUCAAGACUCCUGCAUCCGUUCCACGUGUACAAGCCACUGCCAAGGAGAAGAUUCUGCAGAUGGACUUUCCUGGGACUGCGCUUGUGAUGGGCGCAUCCCUCUGCUUACUUCUAGCUCUCCAGUACGGAGGAGUUACUCAUCCGUGGAAGUCCAGUCUCGUCAUAGGCUUACUCGUCGGCUUCGGGCUCAUGAUCAUCGCACUGAUCAUCGUAGAAAUCUGGCAAGGUGAGCGCGCUAUGCUGACACCACGUCUCAUGCGACAAAGGACCAUCUGGGUCAGCUCGAUAUGGGGUUUCUUCUUUGCUGGCGCGUACUUCAUCACGCUGUACUAUCUGCCCAUAUAUUUUCAGAGCAUUGAUGGCCAAAGUGCAAUUGGCUCUGGUGUUCGCAACUUACCUCUCAUAGCUUUGUUCAGCAUUUUCACGUUUGCAUCUGGGAAAGCCAUCUCGAAGACGGGUAUCGCCGCUCCAUUCCUCGUGGUCAGCUCGGUGAUGGUGACCAUCUCGGCUGGUCUGUUAUAUACCCUAGAUAUGUUGGCGGGCACUGGAUACGGAAUGGGCCUCCAGAUCCCGCUUAUCAUUGCGCAGGCUUUCGCCGAACCGAGCGAUAUUGCUCCUGUGACCGCGAUCAUUAUCUUCGCGCGAUCUAUUGGUGCUACAUUCAUGAUCGCAGCCGCACAGUGCGGCUUCGAGAACCAGCUCUUGCAGAAGCUUCGGACAACCACACCAAGUAUCAAUCGCUCCUUAGUCAUAUCUACCGGCGCCACAGCCCUGCGUCAAGCUUUUCACGAAGCCGAGCUGAACGGCGUCAUCCUCGCAUACGCCUGGGGUAUCAGGGUUGCGUUCGCAAUCACCAUCGUAUCCUGUGGCAUCACUGUCUUCACCAGCUUAGCGACGAGGUGGGACAAUACGAACAAGAAGAAAGCUACGAUUUGAUGUCCCCGCACGAGAUGCAAGUCUACGAUAUCGCAACAUCAGGUAAAAAAAUCUAAAGGCUAAGAAGUCUAUAGUUCUUGGAAGUCGUGGACUAGUAUCCUGUUAGAGUCUAUCAACUCAUGACUUAUGCUAUCACUAGGCUUUACAGCGUCAAGUUGGGUUGCU